AGCAGCAAUAGAUGAACAUGCUCCGCACUCAGCAUCAGUAGCACAGCUAUAUAACCUGAGCAUCACACCGCCAGUCAGAAUACACUCCGCUGGACUGCCGCACACCAAGGAGGGCAUGCCACGCUCUUUACAAGAUCUACAGUAAAGCAAAGAGGGUUUUAUCAUGACAAAAUCGUACUCAGAAGAAGGCAUGAUGCCAGAAUCCCAGGAGGAUUCAAAUUGGAACGAUGAGUGUCUUGGCUCACAUGAUGAACGUGACAUGGACAAGAAAAACGAGGAACGUACAGCGAUAAGGAGGAAUUGUGACGAUGACCGCGAGGAUGCGAUUAAUAGACUUGAUGAUGAUGAUGAGGAGGAGGAGGAAGAUGAGGAGAAGGAAGAGGAGGAAGAGGGCGGCGAUGACCAGAAACCGAAGAGGCGUGGGCCCAAGAAGAAGAAAAUGACAAAAGCUCGACUGCAGAGGUUUAAAACGAGGCGCGUGAAGGCUAAUGCGCGGGAGAGGAACCGCAUGCACGGACUCAAUGAUGCUCUAGAAUGUUUGCGUAAAGUUGUUCCGUGUUAUUCUAAAACCCAAAAACUUUCAAAAAUCGAAACACUGAGGCUUGCAAAAAAUUACAUAUGGGCUCUUUCCGAGAUCCUGCGGUCAGGUAAAAGUCCGGACUUGAUGUCAUUUGUGCAGGCUCUCUGCAAGGGAUUGUCCCAGCCGACCACUAAUUUGGUAGCGGGGUGUCUCCAGCUUAAUCCCAGAACAUUCCUUCCGGAACAGGGCCAGGAAUUACCCUCCCACAUGCAAACAGUAAGUGCUUCUUUUACUGCGCAUCCCUAUUCUUACCAAACCCCCGGUCUUCCUAGUCCUCCUUACGGUACAAUGGACAGCUCCCAUAUCUUUCACGUAAAGUCACACUCGUACUCAAGUGCACUCGAGCCCUUCUUUGAAACACCGCUCACGGACUGCACGAGCCCCUCGUUUGACGGACCCCUGAGCCCACCUUUGAGCGUGAACGGGAAUUUUUCCUUCAAGCACGAAGCUUCUUCAGAUUUCGAACAGAACUACGCGUUUCCCAUGCACUGUCCGGGUUCCGGUCUUUCAAGUGCUCAGGGACACGCUCCUCUUUACGGAAACCCCGCGCAGCGCUGCGAGGUCCCGAUGGAAACCAUUAUAUCAUACAACCAUCAUUCUCACCACGAGAUACUCAUGAACGCACAACUGAACGCUAUAUUCCAGGAGUAGUGGGUUAUUGUUGCCAGGAAACCUUAGCGGAGACUGUCUGGAUCAGUAUCAAAGCACUGGGGUAUUAGCGAUGCAACAGUACUAAGGUUACACGCUUAAACUAAUGUAUGUAUCGUUUCUAGAACCGGGAAUGCAUGUUGCCAUUCACCUUUGUUAUAUUUGGCGCUUCUGAACAGGUUAGAAUGGGAAACUAAUGUGUCCAUUUUCAGAAUGCAGAAAUGAUGUGGGUCAUGUAGCAAAAUCACAAGCAAUAAAAUUAGGAAACUAUGCAAUUUUAAAAUAAAUAACAGGCCAAUUAUAUAAAGAUGUAUAUUUUUCAACCAGCAUUUUACUACUGAUCAAUCCUAAACUGAAUUAUUUUGUUGUCAUUUUGUACAGAAUUGUUAUUUAAAUUUUAUAACAUUGAUUUCUUGGUAACACACAACUGUAAAUUGCAUUAAAGAAACAAUUUAAAUAUACUGAUUCCUAUAAUGGAAUAAUGCCUGGGUACUUCUUUAACUGAUGCAAGUUUGCACAUUUUUCAUAACAUUAGUCCCAAAAAAUCUGAUCAAAAUGUUAAAAUGUCCUGGAGAUGAAUGAUAGGUUUUUGUAAUUGCAUAGGCCUUUACAGUGUAUAAUGUAUGAUGGGUGUUUGUAAUUGUAUAGGCCUUUACAGUGUAUAAAAUCUUUUACUGUUCCCAGAAAUAUGCAUCCAGUAUGUUUUUGUAACUUGUCUUUUUGUUUGUGGCAGACUUCCUUUUAAUACAAUGUGGCUAUGAAUGAAGAACCAGUCAGUCUAAUUUAUAAGUAAUAAAAAUAAACAUAUAAAAACAUCA